AGCAACGAUAAGAUAAGAGCUCCAUCCACCCACCACGUCACAAACGGCGACAGUUGAAAAACGUCCGAAGAAAAGUUCAGAAACAAAGAAAGGGCGCAACUUCAAAGCCUCAUAUUCCAGCGCGGCACUUCAGAGGCUGUCUUGGGACUCCAAACUAUACGGGGGUCAGCCUCUCCGGCCAUCAACACCACACCACACCGUCCAUCUCGCCCACCAUGCCUGCCCCGCCCCCACCACCCAUCCCCAUCCUCAACACCUACACCUCCCUCCUCCGAACCCUCACCUCCUUCCUCACCGUGGCAAUCCACACCCUCCUCUACGAACGCGCCCUCUACCCCCCAACCUCCUUUAUCUCCGCACGCGCCUACAACUACCCCGUCCGCCAGUCUCGGCACCCCAAGGUCUGCGAAUGGGUCAGCGACGCCGUGGCAGCCGUGGAGAAGGAGAUGGCGGAGGGGCGCGUGGAUAAGAUUUCCUUCGUCGUGUAUGACGUCGCUGAUAGGAGGCAGGCGGUGGUGCAGGAGCGGUGGGUGUUUGAUGUUGGGGCGUGGCCGGUUGUGGCGAAGACGGAUCGGUUUGUGGAGUUUGAGGAGCCGUUGGUGGGGAAGGGGAAGGGUGUUGAGAUGCCUGUGGGGGAGGAGGAUGGGGAGGAAAAGGAGAUGGGGGAGCAGGUUAAGAUUCAUAUUGUGGAUAUAGAAGAGCAGCUUCGUGCCACGAUACGGAGGCUCGCAUAUACCGCUGAGAAGAUGGCCCCGCUGCCAGAAGGGUGCACGUACACCAUCAUCGUGGAGCUGCGUGACGAUGUAACGCCGCCUAUUGGGCAUCCCCAACCCUGGGUCCCCUCUCCUCCUGCGCUUCAAAAAACAGUAGACAAGGAAACAGAUACCACCACCGAAGGCCCAGCACUUCGAGGCCCACGCGCAACACCCAUUCGUUCCGUCGACUCAGGGGCUUUCGUGCUCGAGACGUGGGUUGAGCAGGCCGCCCCACCGCCGGAAGAUAAGAGGGAUGGGAAGAAAGCAGCGUCCGAUUUACAACAUCCGCGCGGCCCGGCUAUGAGGAUGUGAUCGUUCUACUGGUUUUGAAGAUAUGCGGUUGUGCCGUUGCUGUGAUGCUAGGACCGGGUACCAGUGCACGCACGCGCCAGAAAUCCUGGGGCAGUGGAAGGAAAGACUGCCAUGAACGCGCACACACCAAAUAACCACAGACAAGACCUCCACCAUCCACCGCAUUACGCCCAAUCUCCACUCAGCGCCAAGCCUUCAUUAUUAUAUGCACCAGAGAGACCAAGCAGUGGCGAUGUCUAUAUUUAGUGGGGGUGGCGUUAAUAGAGGAGGAAAGUAAACAAGAAGACGGGUUUAGUUUACAGUUUCUGUAUCUACAAGCUCUUGAGGACAAAGGGGGAUCGAAGGAGAAAGUGGAGGUCGUGGUUGGUUUUGCGGUA